AUGGCAGCUGCGAUGAUGAACCUUGCAGCAGAAAUGGCGGUCAGACCUUCCGCACCAGCCGGUGCCGUGGUGGCUGCGUCUCGCUCAGGCUCCUCCGCUCGAGUAGCCACGCCAGCCUUACCACCUCUUAAGCCUCAGAAACCACUGUCACAUCGCCAAGCAUCCGUUCAACAGAGUCCGGAACGCGUGCAGCUAGCUUCAAUGCCAGAACAGGAACCUUCUGAGAUGGGAGACAUGGCGAGAUGGCGUCUCGUGUUCAGCGCGCUUUUCCACGCCAAUGGGUUGGCAGAGGAGGCGGUGGAGAUCCCUAGCCUGCAGAUCACGCAUCAUGUAAAAAAUGCCAAUCUGCUUCCUUUACUUUCAAUGACCGGAGAAGAGACAAGGGUGGAUGCGGAACAAGUUAACAGCAGAAAGUUCUCCCACCAGCAUGUACUGGGAGUAGCCACUUCCGAGCCACCUGGUAGCACCCAGCUCAAGACAAACCUAGAGCCAAAGAAGGAUAGUGAGCUGAGGGACGACUACUAUGUGAACGUGGGGUACGCCAUCAGAACGCUACGGGAGGAGCUGCCCACUCUCUUCUACCGGGACAUGACGUACGACAUCUACAGAGAGGACAUAACCUUCCAGGACCCGAUGAACACGUUCAAGGGCGUGGACAACUACCGUCUGAUCUUCAAAGCUUUGCGCUUCCACGGCAAGAUCUUCUUCAAGGCGCUCUGUGUGGACGUGCUGCGCGUGUGGCAGCCCAACGAGCGCACCAUCCAGAUCCGCUGGUCCGUCCGCGGCAUCCCCCGACUCCCCUGGGAGGCCCACGGCCGCUUCGACGGCACGUCGGAGUAUAAACUCGACAGCUCUGGAAAGAUCUACUCGCACAAGGUGGAUAAUAUCGUGAUGAGCGACCCGCCGAAGUAUCAGCCGUUGACGGUGAUGGAGCUGCUACGCUUGUCGGGAGCGCAGACCACCCCCACCAUUUCGUGCUCGUGCAGAGUUUCCCAGUCGGUUUCUUCUCCAGUGUCUCCUUUGGAGGGGUCUGGCGGGCCGGGUUUGCCGUCAUUUCAGCAGCUUUUGGCGGAAGGAGCGGUUUUUCUGGCCGUAGUUAGUAGGUUUACCUGGAUCAGGUUUUACUGUGCGCUCAGUGGGACACUUGCGCUGCAGAAGAGGCGUGGGGGAGGUGAGGGCAAGGAGGAAUUAGCUGCUUCGUCAGGUUAG